UGUAUAAAACAAAUUUGUUUUUCAGAAAAAAAAAACAGCAAAAAUUAAAUAAAACAGUUCGUACGAACUAAACAAAGUGCUGUUUACUAUUCAUGAACCUCGAGUAGAAAUCUGAUAAAAGUGAAGAUUCGUCUUUUGAAAAUCAGAUGCGGUGAUUUGCUGCAAAUUGAUGUCUAUAUUAUUCGCUCAAGUUGUUUUGAUGAUGGCGUUUGGCACACAAUAUCUUAUGUUUAAAACCAUGUACAUUUCAUUAAGCUUAAUUUUUCUUUUGAAUUCAACUCGAGCAACAAAAAAAGGCUGUAAGAAAGUAUGCGAAGGAGAACUUGAUUCAUUAAAGCAACAAGUAAAAAAUUUGGAAGAAAAAAUCGAACGAUUAAUACGAAAUUCCAAGGAUAAAAGUUUUGAAAACGUGAAAGCUGGGACGGUUUCUGUUAAAUUGCCGGUAUGCACAGCUGGUGAAUAUAUAACAUCAGACGGAACAAAUCUAUAUUGCAUGCGUUUAGGCAACUUGGGUAAGCCAAUUGAUAAAACCGUUUCAACAAAAGAAGCCAGCGACAAAAAUAAAGAAUUAUUAAUAAAACCGGAUGUGCCGGAAUUUAUAUCAAAAGUACCUCGGUUUUACGAGAUUCGCAAAAUACAGUCUUUAUAUGCAGAUACAUGGGACUUGCAUUCUUUUCAGUGGCAAGGAAACACCUACCUCGGCGUUUCUCAGUUGAGUGGAAAAACAUUUACACUUUUUGAAUGGGCAGAAAAUGCAUUUGUUGAAAAGUCUAUAUUAACAGUUCCACUUGCUCGCAAGUGGACCUCGUUUGAAUGGAUGGGAGAACUAUAUAUUGUAAUUGCUUGCAACGCAAUGCAAAGUAACAACGCUCCUGGAUAUUCAUUCAUUUACAAAAUGUCUUCUUCAUAUAACAAAGACAUUCAACUCUUCCAAAGACUUGAAAUAGCUACGGCAUUUAGUGUGACAACAAUUCAACAAGAUGGACAUAUUUUUAUUGCAUUUGUUUCAAUCUACGGUCGCACUUCUUCUAUAUUUACUUGGAAAUCCGGUGCUUUUGUUGAACAUAGCAAGAUUGAAGUUACUGGAACUGAUAUUGAAGCAUUUCAUAUUGGAAAUCGUGCUUUUCUGUCCGUUGUUGGCACAACAAGUAAAGAUAACUUUACAUAUUUGUAUGAGUAUAUAGAGGGAAAUUUUGUCCCAUUUAAAAACCUUUUGAUGGAAAUUAGACCAUAUGGUUUGACUUAUGUUAAAACAGGAAAAGAACAUUUUUUGGCUGUUGCUCAAUUCGAUUUAGCUUUUUCAGUUAUUUUUAAAUGGAAUGGAAAGGAAUUUGAAGAAUGGCAAAAAGUGGAAUCGUGCAAGGCUAGAGACUUCGCGACAACUACAAUUAGCAACAAGUAUGGGAAUUAUACUUACUUAGCUGUUAUAAACUAUGAUUGUAACCCAGUUAUUUAUGUCUAUGACGAUAUAAGAACAACAUUUGUAAAAAUUCAAAAAACAGAAUCAAAUUGGUCAAGGGACAUGGAGUUUCUACGUAUGCCAAAUAACGAAGUGUACUUGGCCGUUGCUGCGAAUCAAGAAACAACAAUAUAUACUGGUUCCACAACGUGAUAUUAAAGUAUUAAUGUAUAAUGAAGAAAAUCUGAAAUGAUUAUUUCCAGAUUGAGAUCAGAAUAAACCUCAUGUAGCGUAUUCACGAAACCAUGAGUACUCGCGACAAAAGUAUUCAAAAUCAGAUGGAAAAAAACAAAAUCAUUAUAAAAAGGAAAGCAUAAACGCUAAAGUAUUUACAUAUCUUUUCAAAGAUUGUAAAAGCGUUAAAGUCGUUAUGGGUGCCCUCAUAUUGAGGGCGGUAAUUUUAAAGAGAAUUUUAGCUAAUAUGAUCUCCAUUUAGAUACGCUUGUAAAUAUAUUAGACUUCUAAUGAUUUUAA